CAACACAAGCAAGGAUCUAGUCAGGAGACAACAACACAAAAACUGAGGAUCUUGUGAAUGCGUCUCUCCUUUCCGUGGUGUGAUGUCAACCUUCGUGAAGGGGUUGUGGGGUGAGAAGGCAGGAGGUGGAGCAGUCAGCAGUGGAGGAGGAGGAGGUGGUCAAGGUUCGGGCCUCUCCUGCCAGCUGCUGACAGCGCUGUCAGCUGGAGAGUCACUCACACUGGACGGUAGAGGAGGAGACGCAGAGGAAUUGGUACACGUCAGUUUAGCCGACUUCACUGUAUUUAACAUCGGAGCUGAGAGCAUCAGAACUCAGAGCAGGAAACACAGUCACUCUGCAUCACGCUACUGCUGUCCUCUGAUUCCAUCAUCAGCCAAUGAGGAAACUCUGACACUCAGUCGGCCGACCAGUGGUGUAACUUCAUAAUGCACUCACUCACUCACUCACUCACUCAACCGUGGUUAUAGGGCUGGUCUGUGGCUGGUCCAGCCAAACACUGUGACAGAGAGACAGUGUCAUCUUCUGCAGUACAUGUACAGCAGCCAGUGCUACACAGCUGUCCUUUUAGAAAAUACCGUAGUUGCUUUUCAACAAUGGAAGAAACUUAUGUCAAUGCUGAAGACAUGACAUAUGUUGAUACCAAACAUUCAACAAUUCAGACAGGUCCGAAGACUUCAGAGAGGAGAUUUCAUGGAGCUGUUCUUGUCUUUCUGGGGCUGCUGAGUGUUUUCCUGCUGGCUGGACUCAUCGGCCUCGGCAUCUACUAUUCUGUUGUCAUAAACAAUCUGACUAAGCGUCUCCAGGACAGUAAUAACAACCUUUCUUCCGUGUCUGAAGAGAGAGACCUGCUGCUUGCCAACCUCACUGAAAUAACUAAAGAGAUGGAAAAGCUUCAGAGUUUGUCUGUACACAAGUAUACUUGUCCUGCAGGAUGGAGGAUGUUCAGACGUUCCUGUUAUCUCCUCUCCAGUGAGUCUGGUUCCUGGUCAAGAGGCAGACAGGACUGCAUAAAGAAAGGAGCAGAUCUGGUGGUUAUAGACAGCACUGAAGAACAGACAUUCUUGUCUACCUUCACUGAGGUAGAAACUUGGAUUGGUUUGACUGACAGAGACGAAGAGGGAACCUGGAAAUGGAUUGAUGGAACACCACUGACUUUAAGACAAUGUGAGGUGACUGGCAGUUCCAGGUACUGGGAGACAAAUGAGCCUAAUAAUGGAGGUGGAGAUCCGAAGGUCGGUGAAGAGGACUGUGCACAUAUCACAUCUGACAAGAAAACUGAAGACAACUGGAAUGAUCUGUUAUGUGAUGCUUCUCUCGUCUUUUCACCACACUCUCAUGCUGUAUUCAACAGGCACCAAGUGAAGAAAACAACUCUAACAAUGAAACAGAACAUCCUGUAUCUCAAUCUAGACAAUCUACUGGAUGAGAUCUGAGACUGUCUUCACCAGAAAAAUAAAAGCACUAGUUGUUUGUACAAGUGACUUGAGGAAGAGUUCAGGUGGACAGGUGGGUCAGCAAACCAUGUGGCUUUGACAUGAGAGACGGCUGUUCUUUUGUUUACUUAACUAAAACUACUUGGUUGGAGUUGAGGAAGGAGUGUCUUCAUGGUUCAAAGUAACCAACGUUGACUGUUAGACAGGACCAUUUGUACACCUACCAUCCAUCACAACCUCCACCUCCAAGCAUUAAGGUUCCCCAGAACUGUCUUUUGUGUCUAUAGACCAGCUGCAUGUGGACUUAAUUGUAGAAUGUAAUAUUGGGCUUUAUGACACAAUGUAGAUCAGGGGUGUCAAACUCAAAUUACCUGGGGGUCGCUGGAGGCAGAGUCUGGGUGAGGCUGGGCCGCAUCAGGUAUUACACAAAAAAAGGUUAGCAGGCGCAGGCUAGGAUAGCAGGCGCAAAAAAGGCGACUACUUGUUGUUCAUUACUUUUGUUGUUGUAAACGUCGUCAUAGAAACAUGUCAAACAAAUGGCAUCAUAAAGAAAUAUCUUUAUAAUGUUUAUUGUGCAAGGCAUUUACUAUGGAGUAAAAUGUUUUGAGGAAUAAAUCUCUUUCCGCAAAUGAUUCAGUACAUUCCAUUCACCCAAAAGAUGUUUUCGAAUAAUUUGUCUGUGAAUGUCACAUCAUUGCAGAGCAAACGUGGAGAACAUGAAGCCGGGACAGUGGGACACCAUUAUCCCAUGGUUUGCACCUCCAUGGCUGCAAACCAUGGGAUGCAGCCAUGGAGGUGUUAUUUAUUGGCUUUUAUUUCCUAUAAUAACUCCAUGGAUGCAGCGGGUGGCGGCGUUGUCAAAUCAAAUAUGACGUGUGGCACAGCAGCAUCACCUGUACGGUGUUUUGUUACACUUUGUAUUUAUGAUCUCUGACGGAUAAACAUAAGUGUGUUCAUGAAAACGUAUGUAUUAACUAUUAGUUCACUUCACAACGUGGCAUUAUGUGACAGAAAUAUGCACAUACAUUAUUAUCUGCCAGACUUAUAAAGACGCAGAUACACCUGGUUCUGUUUUUUUUUAAUGUCACACACUGUGGAAUCACAUGCGCGAGCCUCAUUUGCUGUCACAGUGAGCCAAAAAUGGAUGUAAAGGUCUUUAUACCUCCGUUUGUACGUCAACAGUUGUGUCCGUUCCGCUCAUCAGACCUCGGUGGGAAUUACGCACAGGCUCUCCAACAGCUGAUCAUUACGCACGGCUGCUGUGGAUAUUUGAAACGACUUUACCCCUAAUUCAUCACUGCAAAC